AUGGCGGACAAAACGCUGGGCGUGUGGCACGCAGCAUCCUGUGCCUUCCACGCGUACCGCAGUCUUUCUUACGCGGUGAUCGCCUACGGCUGUGCCAGCUGCCCCAAGCUGACCUGCGAGAGGGACGGCUGCCAGACGGAGUUCUGCUAUCACUGCAAACAGAUAUGGCAUCCCAACCAAACCUGCGACAUGGCGCGCCAGCAGCGGGCACAGGCGCUCCGAGUACGGACCAAGCACACCUUCAAAUUUGCCUGCUGCGCUGAUGACAUCAAGCCGUGCCCGCGCUGCAGCGCUUACAUCAUCAAGAUGAACGACGGGAGCUGUAACCACAUGACCUGCGCGGUGUGCGGCUGCGAGUUCUGCUGGCUGUGCAUGAAGGAGAUCUCGGAUCUGCAUUACCUCAGCCCCUCUGGCUGUACAUUCUGGGGCAAAAAGCCAUGGAGUCGUAAAAAGAAGAUUCUCUGGCAGCUGGGCACGUUGAUCGGUGCUCCUGUAGGCAUCUCCCUCAUCGCUGGCAUUGCCAUUCCCAUCGGCAUCCCCGUAUAUGUCGGGAGGAAGAUCCACAGCAGGUACGAGGGAAAGAAAACCUCUAAGCACAAGAGGAACUUGGCCAUUACUGGUGGGGUCACCUUGUCUGUCAUUGCCUCUCCAGUUAUCGCUGCUGUCAGUGUUGGUAUUGGAGUCCCCAUCAUGCUGGCUUACGUCUACGGUGUUGUGCCCAUCUCGCUGUGCCGAGGCGGUGGCUGUGGCGUUAGCACCGCCAACGGAAAGGGUGUGAAAAUCGAGUUUGAUGAAGACGAUGGACCAAUCACAGUGGCUGAUGCCUGGCGAGCCCUGAAGAACCCCAGCAUUGGCGAAAGCAGCAUUGAGGGGCUGACCAGUGUGCUGAGCACCAGCAGCAGCCCCACCGCCGGGCUCAGCGUGAUGCAGGGCAACUACAGCGAGACGGCCAGCUUCGCCGCCCUCUCAGGCGGCACCCUGAGCGGUGGGGUCCUCUCGGGAGGCAAGGGGAAGUACAGCAGGCUGGAGGUCCAGGCAGAUGUCCAGAAGGAGAUUUUCCCCAAAGACUCAGUCAGCCUGGGGGCUAUCAGCGACAACGCCAGCACUCGAGCCAUGGCUGGUUCCAUCAUCAGCUCCUACAACCCCCAGGACAGGGAGUGCAAUAACAUGGAGAUCCAGGUGGACAUCGAAGCCAAACCAAGUCACUACCAGCUGGCCAGCGGCAGCAGUACAGAGGACUCACUGCACGUCCACACCCAAAUGGCAGAGAACGAGGAAGAGGAGGAGGAGGAGGAGGGAGAGGAGGAGGACGGUGAGCAGGAGCAGACGUGCAAACACCAAAGCUGUGAGCAAAAGGACUGCAUUGCCAGCAAAACCUGGGACAUCACCCUGGCCCAGCCGGAGAGCAUACGGAGCGACCUGGAGAGCUCCGACAGUCAGUCGGACGACGUGCCAGACAUUACCUCGGACGAAUGCGACUCCCCCCACUCUCAGACUGCGGCAGCCUGCCCACAGACCCCCAAAGCUAGAGGUGCCGAGAGCCCAAGUGCCCACCUGAGCCACUGUGCCCAAGCCGAGGGCUGCAGGCUGGAUGAAAUAGUCAAACUGGAGUGCAUCGAAGCCAGAGUAUGAAGCGGCCUCCUGCUGUGAAAAGCACACUCGCUGUCAUUUUGCAUCUUUUGGGGCAGGGUUGUGUCCGUGUUGGGUUCUGUUUGCCAUUCGCCAGCCGGCUCCCCAGCCUCGCCCCGGGGAGUCGCUGUUUCUUACGUGACAAAAAAGAAAAAGGAGGAAAAAAGAAAAAAAAAAAAAAGAUAAUAAAAAUCCCCCGCCCUCUUUUUGUUUUAAUUUAUUGGUUCAAGCUCUGUGAGGUGUGUAAGAGUGUAAAUAUGUACGUGUGUCUGUAUGUCUGCAAACAUCCUAAGGGACUAUUUGAAUAAAGACUCUGGUUGUCAUU